CCCUACAACUUGCAAGCUUAUCGAUGUCGUCCAUCGUGUCACGAAUAAAGUUGGUUUGUUUGUUUGCGAAGUGAUGCAGCAUCGAGCCCGAGCAGUUGAAGAGCAGAUGAAUUAAUGGCUUUGAUGCGUUCCGCUGGGGAUCACCACAGUAGUGCUGCAAACGUUAGAAUCAUGUUUGCAGAGUACAAGAACCGUUGUAGCAAUCCAGAGUACCAGAAAUUAUGUGAAUAAGUGUAUGGUGAGGCACAGGUCGCAUGUGUGUCAUGUCUGAGCUGAGGCAAGACAGCUUGCAGCUACCCAAAUGGUCGCAUCACCAUUCCGCCCCACCGGCAGCUGCUACACAGAAGAAAGCGGAGUUGUUUAAACGAAAGAAGAGUCCAGUAGGGCAUCGCCGCAGCACUGGCAGUGGCACCACAGUGGCUGCUGAUUCUGCGCAGCUGUCUUCGUCAGCGAGUCGAAGUCUGUCUCGAGGGCAGUCAGACAGCACACCAGGUGGCGCCGUCGGCAUCAGACCUAGAGCAGCAAGCAGUGCGAGCAGUUCCACAGGCGAAAACCUGGAUUCGGCGGCUUUGGUUGCUGAAGACUCACUGUCUGAGCAUCCAGACAUGACGGUUCACGGUGUGUAUACACCGGAUGGUUCCGAGGUCAUGAUGGAUGACACAGACAUAGUCGACAGCAACACAGUCAAGACCCCUGUCGACCCUGUACGGGCCCGACUAGAGAUUGAGAAGAUUAAUCUGAAAAUACAAAAGAUCAAGGAAAAAAUCAAAAGCGAACAGAAUUCACUAGAUGAGUCUGUCAAUGAGUAUCUGAAGCUGACAGAAAGUGCAGAAGGUCAGGAGAAGUCCAAGCUAAAGCAGAUGUUCGAGAGUAAAAACCACAAGUCUCAGCAAUCGAUUCAGAGCUUGCAGAAGAAGCUGGAGGGCUACAAGAGCCAUAUCCGCUGCCUACAGGCUGGGGAGUGGCCAACGCACAGACAUCCGAUAGGGGUCAUCAAGGACAUGGGGCAGGGUAUCAAGGAUGUUGGUGCUAACAUUAAAACUGGAAUAACAGGAUUCUCUGGGACUGUGAUGGCCAAGCCACGAGAAUUUGCUCACUUGAUAAAGAACAAGUUCGGAAGUGCUGACAACAUCAAUUCAUUAGUCAUUGAUGAGCCUAGCAGUGGCGGUUCAGUGGAGUCAGCAGGGACCGGUGGGCGGGUCCCUAUGCUGAAUGAAUCGUCAAGUGGUAGCCGACCUACGAACCAGGGAAGUGCCACGUUUCCACGAACAGACCCACAGCAGAUUAUCUCUGGGAAGGGCGGUAAUAAGGCAUAUACUGAAGAACUUGCCAAAGUAGGGGCGCAACACAGGAGCGCUACAUUCCCACGCUUGGAGGCUAUCUUCCAGCCCCCUGGCGUUAACAGGUUUCAGUCGGAGGAUGAGUGCAGCAGCAUAGCUUCGAAGAGCUCUGGCAUCAACAACGGCCUGACGUGCAGCCCAAACAAGUCCCAGCUGAACGUACUGCCACUACAAGCCCAGCCAGGCUCACCCGAACUGCCAAUGGCGCUGCUGGAGACUAUAAUGCAUGACUUUGAAGUGCAGAAACAAAAGAUGACUGACCUGCAGGAUGCAUGUGAACACCUUAAGAACCAGAAUUCUGAGCAAAUGACUCUUGUCAGUCAGGCCUUACAGGAUGAAAGAGAGAGAUGUGAUAGACUUGAGUGGCAGAUGAAUGACCUGACAGAGCUGCACCAGAAUGAGAUUCUCAACCUGAAGCAGGAGGUCACGUCUAUGGAAGAGAAGAUGGAAUAUCAAAUGGAGGAGAGGGCGCGAGACAUGCAGGAAGGAAUAGAGAACUGCCAGACCAGGAUUGGCAAGAUAGAGUUGCAGCAGCAGCACCAGCAACUAGUGACUUUGGAGGGCUUUGAAAGUUCGCAGGCUCGCACCCUUAUCUUUAAACUCAUCAACGUCCUUCUCGCCGUAUUACAAGUCAUUCUAGUUCUCAUCUCAACCGUAGCAAACGUACUGACCCCUCUGCUCAGAACCAGGAUUCGCAUACUGACGACAGCAAUAUUGGUGUUUGUGAUGGCAUUGAUAUGGCAGCAGUGGCCCCGCAUUAUUGACAUUGUAACGGAAUUCCAGCGACGUCGGUUGAUGAAGGUGGCGUGAUAGAUUGUGCCCUCCGUAAUAAAGUAACAUUGAACACAUCGGACCCGAUGAUAGCCUACCUGUGUUAGGAGUGCCUUGCACCGCCACCUGUUCAAGAGUUCACCGACGUCAAUCAAGUACGACUGACUACACGGGCUGUGACUCAGGUGAUCAGUGCGGUGGCUGAGGCUUCGUGACUGGCGCGGAUGCGCAUGUGAUGUAUCACCCUCGCAAAGCAUGCAUGCCACUGACAUCACAAUGAGAUACGGCCGUCUCUGAAGCUGGUCGUACGUUCGUAGCCAUAAAGCGGCGUGUAGAGGUUCUUUUGCGCACGACAAAUGGUUCAGAAAUGUGGCAUGGACACACUUUGCGAGGUUUGUUAUGGUGGGUGGGAAAGUCGCAUGCUUUAUCCUGUGUACCCGAGACUGUGUUGGCAGCACAGUCUGCAGAAUAAGUUGCAUAGCUCCUAGUCGCUAUUGUGUGGCAGCUGGCAUAAUUUUAAAUGUAGAAAUAUGUAUAGGCUAGUGGCCAACCUGAUAGAGUGCCAGAUAUUAAAUAGCAAACUGUUUGACUGUAACCAACAAGAUUGCACUAGUGCAAUGACACGUUGUUUUGACCAAAUUCUAUUGCACAUUUUGCAUUGCUGUGAGGUGUAAUUUACAGGAAACAGGGUCAGUGCUUAGUGUAGCCCAGUGCUAGGACGUCCCUGUGGCGCCCUAAGAAUCAGAUAUUUUGUUUACCCGAUAUAAAAAUUCAUGAAGCAUUGUUAUUUCUGAAUUUUUGUUGCAGCUUUAGGUAAAGUGAUUAUUUUCAGAAACAAUACUCCUUCCUUUAAUUUGCUAUUUAGGCUCAUGGCAAAUGCAAUCAAUUUAUCUUUACUAACGCUUUAAUCUAUAGUAUAUUAAUCUGUAGUGCAAGCCGAGUGAUAGUAGCAGUUCCCUUGUUUUGAACUGUUUGUCUGUUGGUCUCUAUAAUAUGUAGUAAAUUGUUACUACUACCAACCUCAUCUAAAACAACAGCAAAAUGUUUUUUCAAUGUGUUUGCAAACGAAUUUGGUCCUGCCAUUGCUGUGAAUAUGCGAUAGAUUAUUUUUAUAAAGUUGAGGCAACCUCUUUAAUGUGUUGUGUAUAUAGACAUGUAUAAUUAGAACGUGCAGAUAUAAAUUAUAGUCUUGCUCUGUGUGAUCUCUUUAUUUUGCCAACAACUUCGUUGUUCUUGUUAUGGCAAAGAAUAGUUUUGUUGGUGCAUAACCGAAUUAUAUCUGGAUAAACAUUUUCGCCGAUGAAAUCGCAAUGUUAUUGCACAAACACAGUUAGCUGUCCAUGGCUUUUCGUUAGUUUUCUCGCCCACCAUGCAUCAGAUGAACUCACGUGGUACAUUUGCCACGACAAGCUGUGCGUUUAUGAUGAUGAGUGCCACCUACAGGCACAUGAUGGCAGCAUCACAUGUGCACCUAUAUUCCACUUCUGCCUCUACGCAAACGAAUUCUACCUACUAAGGCAGUAUGUUGCAUGCGGUUUUAAUUAUUCCUACAUUUUUUUCUGCAAUUUUACAAGUGCAUAGAUCGAGUGACUGUGUUGUCAAAGUGAAAAAAAGGAAUUCUGCUUGACUGGUCUUUGUUUUGGUUAUGGACAAGUUCAAAGUUGCGACUUCAGAUGUUGCAGCCGCAUAUGCAGGUUUAUCAGGAAAGCAUGCGAAGUGAAAAUAUGAAAGGUUAUUCAACGAUUUUUAUUGUAUGUAGCUAUACAAAGGGUCAUUCGCCGAUUUUGAUUGUAAGUAAAAGAUGUAAAUAUCGGUUACUAUGUUGACACGUGUACCAUAUAAAAAUUGUCUCCCUGCCAAGACACAUUGGGGCAGAUAAGUUACAGACUGUUUUCUGUACAAGCAUGAAACCCUCGCAUUGUACAACAAGUUUGCAAGUGUUUGCAGACAUUGCAUGUCGCGUUCAGGUGGGCACGUAUUUGCCAUUUUACAGUAUUAAAGAUAGCCCUUACUGUGUUCUCACACCAAGCUCUGCCGAUGAAUGUGCAUUUAUUUUUUUGUAAAUCGAUACAUCCUAAAUAGACCCGGUGAUGUUUCCCGUUUCAAUUACCAUGUCAUGACUUCGACUUGAACGAAAGGUCGGUGUAAUAGAGACAAACGUGUGCAGUUAAUGUCCGCUAUUCUCUGUAUGCACUGUGUUCGCGUGCGUUGUGCUGUUUCAUCCAGGUUUCAAGUGCAAUGUAGUCGCGAAAAUCGUGUUACCAUUACUAUUUUCCAAAUCGAAGUAGAAUUACUGUUGACUUCGCAAUCAUCCAUUCGGGAAUAGUCAACUUUUCCCCAUAUUACGCUAACUGUAGAAAAAGCACUUUGU